AUGUCUAAUAAUAUAGCUAAAGAUAUACAAGAUCAUGGAGAAGGUAACGAAAAAAAGAGCAAGGCAAUGUGGGAUGAUGCAAGUGUUGGGAUAUUUAUAAGUGUUUGUGUAGCUGAGACAUUAGCCGGAAAUCAAAUAGGUGGUCAUCUUAAUAGAAUUGGAUGGGAAAAUGUUAUUAAAAAAUUUAAUGACCUUACUCAAAGGUCAUAUGUUCAUAAACAACUCAAGAACAAAUGGACUGCACUUAAGAAAGAAUGGCAAUUGUGGGCAUCAUUAGUUGGAAAAGAGACUGGCUUAGGAUGGGAUCUUGUGAAGCAAACUAUCAUUGCAAGUGAUGAAUGGUGGGAGAAAAAAGUGAAGGAGAAUUCUAAAGUUGAGAAAUAUUGA